AUGUCUGAUAUCAAACAACAAUUCGAAUCACUUUCGUUGGAAUUUUCAAAUGAUCAAAAUUCACUUAAUGAAUUAAUAUCCGCAAGAUCACAAUUAGAAACUCAAUAUCAAGAAAAUAAGAUCGUAUUAGCUGAAUUUGAAAAUCUCAAUGAAGAUUCAAAGAUUUAUAAAUUAACUGGUCCAGUGCUAUUGCCACAAGAUUUCACAGAAGCUAAAUUAAAUGUUACCAAAAGAAUUGAAUUUAUUGAAGGAGAAAUCAGUCGUGUUGAAACGAAAAUUGCUGAUCAAGAAAAGAAAAUAGAAACAACUAGAAAUAAGUUAUUGGCUGUAAGGGCACAAUUGGGGCAGUAA